CGCGAGGGAGGAAUAAUAGUCGUUUUCUUUUUUUCGCCGCGCAGCAGGCGACAGAUGUUGCGGGCCUCGCUGAGCGAGGGGUUGUGCAGCGCGCCGCUCCCGACGACGACAACGCGUGUUUGUGCAGUGGCGGCGGUGCGAAGUGUAUCGCCGUCGUAACCGGCACCACGCACUUCUCCGAUAGGGAGUUCGAGCGCGCGCUCGACGUCGGUUACGCGCGCGUGUCGAUAUAACGGCCCGUGCGCGGCGUCGCUUACUUGUGUGGUCCCGCCGUCGCCGACGCUCUCUGCGGCGUUUCGGCAUCUCUAGUCGUCGUCGACGGCUUCUCCUCGCCGUCUGCUCCGGAAACUUGGGACGACGUCGCCUCCGACUUCCGUGGGACCGGACACCGUGCGGGGGGCCCAUCGGCCGGCUAUACGCUCCUACGUCCGUGCUCGAGUUGGAUACCUGUUUCAAGCGGCUCGGCUUUCCCUGACCGCCUUUUUCUUUUUUUUCCCCGUUCGAAGUCCUCGUCCACGAAGCUUCUUCGACGGGCCCUUCCACCUACCGUCCAACAAACUGUUGCUGGAAUUGACAUCGGUAGACCCCCUGGGGUCAAGGAAGUAACGGACGAUCGUCGUGGUUGUUCCGGAAGGGAUUUCCCCAGCAGCAGUAAUCACCGUCUGGAGAGCCUGCCGGCGAGUCACUGUUUUACGGGAAUUCCCCUGGUCUAUUCGUCGAGGAGGAACUAUGGCGUAGUUCACUCGGAAAACCAAGCGCCACGCUUGCUGCCCAUCGAGAGUCGGUGCGUCGAGAACCAUGCGCCGCGGAUCGACGAUGUCAGGUCACAAGUGGCCGCGGGUCAUCGUGGCCGCUUGGCUCGUGCACCUGGUGGCGGCCGAAAUAGGUACGGUGUCUCAAGGAGACGCCAGCGGCGGCAACGGCCUGACGUCGUCGUCGGCCGGCGAAGGAGCGGACGACGUCGGCAACAGUUCCGCCGACGGCGCGUCGAUUUCUGGUCCCGGUGGCACCAAGCGCAAGCUGAUGCUCUCUAGUCAGGUGUUCACCUUCCUCAAGGAAACGUCCUUCCUUCGCGUCGAGCCGACCUUCUGGCCUCUGCAGCAGACCAGGGAGAUCACCUUCUCGUUCAAGACGGAAAAGCCUCAUGGGCUACUCAUCUACCACCUGCUGGAGGAGUCGUCCGAGUUGGACAAAGUGCCAAGCUAUGAGCUCUACGUCAUGCUUGAAAACGGCAGGCUCAAAAUCAUACACAUCCUCAACACGGAGGGCAACGAGAUCUUCUACGUCGGGAAAGGCCUCAGCCGCGACCGGUGGCACACCGUGACGCUACGCGUGACGCCAUCUGAGGGAGAGAUGCGAGUGCGGGUGGACGACGAGGACCUGAACAUCAAGCUGUCCUCCCUGGUGCACCGUGGGGGAUACGACAUCGGAUCCGAGGCCACGUCAUCCUACCUCUACUUUGGUUCUAUCGACCCGAAGAACUCGUCAGUGGACAUGCACUACAACACGGACAGCUUCUUCGGCUGCCUGGGACGCGUCAGCUUCCGCCUGGAGAACGGCAGCGCCGUGGACGCGGUGCUCUCGGUCGAGGAGGACGUGGUCAGGGACUGCGUCGACCUGUGCGACAAGUACGACUUCUGCCUCAACGGCGGCCGCUGCGUCAACCACUACAGCUACUACGGCUGCGACUGCUACGGCACCCACUACGAGGACCACAUGUGCGGAUACGACAAUCUGACUACGGUAACCUUAAGAGGCAACUCGUACAUCAUUUACCGCAUAUACGACUGGAAAGAUCGCGUGCAUUCGGACUUCAACAGGAUCAGCAUGAUGUUCAGAGUAUACGUUCCCGAAGCCGUCCUUUUCCUAGCCACGGGAGAGCACGACCCAAAGAACACAGUCGCCGCCAGCAUAAAAGGCGGCGCCCUCUUCUUCAGCAUAGACUUUGGCCGAGGGCUGCUGAACGUCACCAUGGGGUCAAAUCUACACGACGAGAUGUGGCACAAUUUCACGAUGGUCCACAACGGGAACCGCGUCACCCUGUACUUGGACAAGACGAUACAUACGUUGCACAUCAGCGACACCAACUACUACCUGCACCUGGACCCCGACAUCUACAUCGGAGGAGUGCCCCACGAGGCUCCAGGGCUGGCGACGGACCUGAAGUUCGUGGGCUGCUUCCGCGAGGUCUACUUCAACCGGGACAACUGCCUGCAGUCGCUCCGCAAGGGCGAGCCUAAGGCGCGCCACGACGGCAUCUUCCCCGUCGAGUACGGCUGCGCCCUCGUGGACACCAUCCCGCUCACGUUCCCCUUCGCGGAGUCUCGGCUCACGCUGAACUUGCCCAGCAAGACGCGCCUCGACAUCUCCGUCGACUUCAAGACCGAACAGAACGAGACGGUCAUCGCAUCCAGCCUGCUCCGCUCCGACAAGGGACAGGGCUUCUGGGAGAUUCGUCUCAAGAAAGGCACCGCUAUCUUCACCAUCGUUCCAGAUGAGACGAACCCGUCUCACUACUGGUUCCUCAGCAAGGGCAAGCAGCUCACCGACGGCCACUGGCAUCAGGUUGGCGUCAUUUUCGAGAACGGCAAUGUCGAGCUGACGAUCGACUUCAACCGGAAGCUGAAGGACACCUACCCCCGUCGCGUGGAGCUGGUCGGGCCGCUCGUGAUUGGAGGAUUCCCCAAGCAGCACGUCAUGGGCUUCGUGGGAUGCUUCCGCGACAUCUACGUGGAGAAGGAGUGGGUGGACCCUCGGAAGGUGGUCGGCACGGAGUACGCGCACGGCGAGGUCUCGCUGGAUAACUGUCAGCUCAUCAACCCCUGCAACAACCCGAACGCGUGCGAACACGGAGGACAGUGCUACCUGGACGGCUCGCGCUUCAAGUGCAACUGCAACGGCACGGGAUACACGGGCAAGACUUGCCACUUCUCGACGUUCAAGAGGACGUGCCAGGAGCUGUUCCUUGUGGGCUACCGCAAGUCCGGCACGUACAAGAUCGACAUCGACCGCAACGGCCCGCUGCCGCCGGCUCACGUCGAGUGCGAUAUGCAGCGUCCGGACGGAUCCAUCGCGACCAAAGUCAACCACAACAUGCAACGCGAAAUGGUCGUGAGAAAAUAUGGCCUCGAAGGUUUCUACAUGGACAUCACCUACAGAGAAUUCACGCCCGAGAUGCUGCAGUCCCUGGUUCACGCAUCCAAGCAGUGUUACCAGCACAUCAGUUACGAGUGUUUCAAGGCUCCCCUGGGGCUGGAGAGCUACACGUGGCUGGAGUCGUCGUCGGGCCGCCACUACGUGACGAGCAUCGGCAGCGGCCGGCCCGCCUGGUGCCAGUGCGCCGAGACCCGGAGCUGCUCGAACGCGUCGCGCCUCUGCAACUGCGACGUGGCCGACGGCCGAUGGCGGCUCGACGAGGGCGUCUACGACCGGCCCGAGGACCUGGGCAUCGUGCGCAUCUACAUGCUCCAGCCCAAGGGGCUGGCCCACGACGCGGAGGCGCGCAUGACCCUGGGACCCCUCGAAUGCACCGACACCAACACGCAGCAGUACGUGAUCACCUUCAAGACGGCGCCCUCCUACCUGGAGGUGCAGACCGGCUGGCGCCGGGGGGACCUGGCCUUCAGCUUCCGGACGUCCAGCAAGCGUGCCGUCGUGCUGUACCAGGCGGCGCUGCACGAGAAGCACGGGUACCUGCUCGCCAUGAUUACCAGCGACUACGAGCUCUCGUUCGAGUACACGGUGAAUGGCGAGCCGAGGAUCGUCAAGCUGUUGUCGCGCAGCCGCCUCAACACGGGCGAGUGGCAGCAGGUGUGGCUGGACCACGACACCCACCACAUGCGAUUCACCGUCAACCUGGUCUCGGUCAUGGUCGACCUGGCCAAGGACGAAGGCGUCGGGCCCUUCGAGGGUCCCCUGUACAUCGGCGGCGCACCCAAAGAUCUGCUUACUCAUCCGGACAUCACCGAAGGCUUCAUAGGGUGCUUUAGAGGGCUGAUAAUCAACAAUCACGUGGUGAACCUUUACAACCACCUAAGCCGAAGGGUGCCGGACAUCGUGAUGGACUGCCAGCCGUCGUGCUCGUCCAACCCGUGCCAGAACGGCGCCACCUGCCACGAGAACUGGGGCUCGUACAACUGCGAGUGCGAGAACGCGCUCGCGCACAGCGGAUUCAACUGCGAGAACAACCUGAACGAGAACUCGAUGACGUUCAUCACGUCCAGCUCGUGCUACCACCGGGCCACCCUGGGAAACGUGUCGGAUCCUGUCCUUGAACAAGACAUCCUGCUCAGCUUCCGCACCUAUCAGUCCGAGGCCUUGCUCCUGUAUUCGUUCAACCACCUCAACAACUUCGUGCAGCUUCACUUCGAGAAGCGGAAGCGCGUCGUCUUCACCUUCAACUCGCAACGCUCCAUUGUGCAAGGUUUCGUCGAGGCACCAGAUUUGGCGACGGGUCGCAUCAUACAGGUGUUUGUGGACAGGCAUCCCGACCGCACUGUUCUGCAAGUGAACGGCAACAACGUCACCAUACCCCACCCUAUGGCUUUUCUCAGCAAUUACUACAAGGAUCCGUGGAUUAAAGGAGAGGAGCUCGAGCUCGUAAAACCGGCAAGAGGAACGUUUGAGAGUGUUCCCAACAGCCAGAUGUACUUGGGAGGCGUCGACUUUGUCGGAGCCACCACCAACCUGCCAGGUCUAGUUGGCUGUCUGCAGGGUCUACGCAUCGGAACCACUCAAGUGGAUCUUGUAAAGGACGUCGAGAACCAAAAUGUUACCAAAGGACAAAUACGUCCCGGCUGCAAGAUGAUGUGCGACUCUAAGCCCUGUCAUCACAGCGGUCUCUGCAUCGAAGACUGGAAGAACAACCUGACGAGCUGCGACUGCUCCAUGACAUCGUAUCAAGGGGACAUCUGCCAGACCGAUAUCGGAGCCCAGUUUGACGGCAAGGCUUGGAUCGAGUACAUGUUCACGCCCGAGACGACAGGGCAAGACCGGAUAUCCAUUGCGCUUGCGUUCUCUACGAAGGCGAAGGCAAGCGUACGCCAGGCGAUCCUGCUUGUGCAGUACGCGCAGAGCCAACACUACGUCCUCGUGGCUGUCACACCGGAAGGGGCGCUACAGAUUCAGGAGAACCACGCGUCGGCGAAAGCCUUUCGUACAGUGUUCGGAAAGCAGAUGGGCAACUUCGCGGACGGCUUCAGGCACUGGCUGCUCUACCGGCGCGUGGAGAACGACGCCCGAGUUGUGGUCGACGGCAAGGAGUACGUCCUGACCAGCACUACCCCAGACACUUCGGGACCCACGGUGGAUAUCAGCUCCAGCCUCGUCAUCGUAGGUGGAACGAAGCGCGACCCGAGAUUCGGCGACUACGGUGACUUCCAAGGAUGCGUCUCUAACGUGGUUGUGGAGCUGCGGACGCUCAACAUUCGCCCGCUGGAAACUUACUUCGGCUACCAGAAGGGGGCGCUGGAGAAAGUCAAAGUUUACGGCACCUUGCGGGAAGGAAGAUGCGCCGAGUUCGCCACCAUCAUCGGAGACAAGACGGAGGCCAUCUUCAAGCCGCCAGCGGUCAGCGUACCGGAGUGGCACAAGACGAACCCCGUCCUGGUUCCCUACAAGCACAACUCCUUCCAUCCGCAAGCAACCAAGCUCCUCUACGCCAAGGCAACCAGCACGCGAGUGGCGGUCAUCAUGGGUGUCGUGCUCAUCGUGGUGCUGAUCGGGGUAUUCCUCUACGCCUGGCGACUGCAGAAGCGUCAUAAGCACCAGAAGUUGCGCGAGGACCUCACUUACUUCCGGCAGGGACCCACCUACAAUCCGGCGCGGCCGACUCCCAGGCGCAAGGUCAACUCACCCGCCAAAGCUGUCAGCUUCAGCCGGGUGAACAGCGAUUAUCAGCCGGUUCCUCAGACAAACAAAGAAGUGCUUUCGUCGACGCCUCGCAAGUCGCUUGACGUGAUCAUACCAAAAUCUGUGCCACCGGCCAAUUCGACGCCGCCAAGGCCCAUCCUGAACCACCGAAACUCGACCCCAGCAGUGUCGCCCAUAGCAAAUGGCCUAGGUCAGCAUAAGUCAAGGCGACCCAUAUCCACUGCUUCCCAAGAGCUCGAAUGGGAUCCUGCAGCCGAUCACGACAUUCUGGGGUCUUCGGAACUGAGUGCCAUGGAUCUUGGAGAUGACGAAGACUUUCCCGAGACGCCCAGGAAAGCGAGCAAUGCAGAGCCGAUGCCGUCAAAUGCCUACACACUGGGAGCGUAUAGCGGUAGCUUGAUAUUCACCAACGCCCCCUACGACUCUCCGUCCGACUGAGGGAUGAUGGGAACGCGCCGACCCGGAGCGCUCCGUGGGGGCACCUCGGCGAAGCUGUGGUUGGUAACCCUGGUUAGGGUUAGGCCGGCUUCUUCGCCACAAGUUGUGCCCAGGACAGUUUCGCCCCUCCUGUACAACAGCGUGUGUCGUGUGAAAACGUGCGUCUACUGCCCCUCACUUAUGAGAACGAACUCGACCACCCAUCCGCCCUGUGUGCUGAGAAGACGUGGUGGUUUCUUUUUUUUUUUUUUUUUGUAGAGGUCGAUAGUGCUUAUUACCAGUGCCAUCGCGAACUAUUUCGCACUCGACCAAGGACACUUUGGCCCCAUGGCUGCUUGCUCAACGUGGUUAUGAGGACUCCGAAUGGCAUAUCAUAACCGUGCCAACUUUCAGUGUCAUUGCAACAACAGGAGCGAGUCUUGUUUUCUUCGAAAGAAUGACAUUGCAGCUGUAGCAGCUGGAGUUUUCUUCUAAGGUGACGUCAUUCUGUCUCCACUUUAAAGCGCUUGUUCGCGCAUUUCUUUACGCUAUCUCAGAUCCCGCUUAGCCACUUGGAGUGCAGCAGUAACAAACCCUUUCGUUAUUUCCUCGUGGCGGUGCAAGGUGUGGAUGGACUGUUCGGUCUCCCGUGAAGACUCGUUCCAGCGCCGGCCAUCAAGACGGCCCCCAAUGCAGAACGAGCUCAAGUGGCCCUAUUAUGCAGAACCAAAGAAUAUUAGCUGCAGCAUUGCGGUGGUCGUAUUCACUAGGCUGCUGCUAAGCACAGGAUGCAUGUUUAGCGCGCAAUAGAAUCGCGCAGACUUCUAGACGCCAUCUGUGAGACAGCUGACCAGCUGAAAUUAUGGCGUUGUUUGUGCGCUUAAGUUUUGUGCUGAAGACAACUCCGCAAGUUUCCUGGGACAAUCCAUUAGCUCGAUUACAUUAUGGAAGUGGCUGUCGAUGAGACAAUAGACAGUUUUGCGGGGAUGGGGACACCGAGGGCUGCAGUGAUGUCCAGCAAUGCUUUUAUUGUUUAUCGUGCGGCUAGUCUUAGCGGUUACUUGUGUUGUGAGCUCAUUUUACGUAUCAUGCCAUUCUUUGUAGUUCCAAGUUACUCUUUUUUAGUGUAGGCCUACAGGUGCUUAGUUGCUUAUCAGGCUACAACUGUCGUGCCAUGCGAAUGUUUUAGUUAGGCCUUAGAGCUCAUUUUUGUUCAUAUAUGCUUUACCAAGGAGUAGAGGCCCAAGAAUUCAUGAAAGGUCGGACCCACGUCCAGUAUUUUGUACAUUGCCCCUUAGGCUAUCUGUCGAACUUCACUGCAGUGCACUAUCGCAACUUACAGCGUUUAUUCGUAACUUUCAUGCUCUGUUAUAGCAGUGCUUUGCUACUGACCAAAAAAGCAACGCUAGAAAGCCAGAAAGGCUUCACGACCAAGUGCCAUAAAUAUACAUGCUAAUAAAAGGUCAUACCCUCGUGACUUUUCUAUGAGUGAAUAUUGAUGAAAUUCGGGUGGCCUUCCGAAAUGGAAGUUUUUGUGCUGCUUAUUGAGCUGCGCUGAUGCAGUGCGGCGAAGUUCAACAAAUGGCGGCACGAGCAGGGUCCGAAAUUUCUCGGUAUGGCUACAAAUACUGUAUGGUAAGCCCAUCUUGACCGAUAAAUAUUCUGGAGGCGAUAUUUUAAUUACGUCCACAGCGUGAAGCAGGUUAGGUUGUAGCAGUUUGCUCACUUACCGCGUGAUACAGGAUAUCAGGCUUCAUUGAAUGCAUUUUAUAUCAUGUUUAACAGUACCUCACGCCCAAAUAAUGCCCAUUUUAUUAAGAUACCCACGACUGGUGUAAUAACGAUGUUACAAUGUGCCACGAAGCAGUUGCCAAAAGUUAACAAGGUUCGAGAGAGCAAAGACACAUUUUCUGUGGGCUUACUCAGGCGGCAUUUAUCGCAGCAGCUAAGCAUUUUCACCAAAGUCAUGUAUUGAGAUGACAUAGUCAACAGUGAACAUUCCAGUGGUCUUGACACUUAUCACGAUAGUGCCACAUCUGCAGUUGCAUUAAAACGCACUUUGCGGUAAGCAUUUUAUAUGUAAGGCCAUGUUUGAAUUCAUCAUGACAAAUUAUUCCUUGCAUGCAGAGUCCAAAUGAAACAGUGCGUUGUUUAUACUGCAGUGUGUGAUGAGGAUGGGAGUGCUUUCAUGAUACGUUGUGACGGUGUGUCGCGUUUAUUUGCGAAUUAGCGAUGAUAGUUCAGCCAAGGCAAUUUAUCGAGGCAGUCGCAGGGCAGUCGAGCCUCGUCCUCUUCGCAUUUAACCCUCCUCUUGCGCGUAUGUACACAUAAGUACAAUAUAUACAUACAUUCCACUAUAUCUGUUUAUGCCGGUAAUAAGAAUUCAAGACCGCUUUUACACGGAGUACUGUUUUUUUGUUGAGCGAUUCGAUCAUAAGAAAGUUCAUUCCUCUUGUAUGUAAGGCAUUCAGUAGAAAAGUCGACUGACAAAUUCGAUGAGCCACAAAGCAUUUCGCCAUGUUGCCCUAGCACUGCAACAAACUGGGACACUCGUGCGGCCUACUUAAAAUGUUUGUAAUUUUCUUUUAGAACGGCAUAUGCCCAAGUUAGUGAAAGCUGUUCAAUUCCACAGCAUGAUUCCGCGUAUCGGACAGUGGCUUCCUGACCAAGGCGUUACCUGUGCUCCGCAGGUAAACCUGGGAGGCGUAUCGAGCAGUUCGCAAUAAAUGGCUUUAACAUCCACGAUGACAACUGCUAUUCCAAGUUGACGUCUUUUUCUAUAAUCGAGAUCAGGCCUGAGUGAAGUACUUAAGGAUGUUUAUUUUUAUCCGCAUGUAGCUGCCCGAGGAAGUUAUUUAGCUUUACAGUGUUUUAGAACCAUCUUGACGGUAUUUUCUGGACGACUUGGUUGUGCUAUUCAGAUCUCACUCCUCAUCAAUGAAACACAAGAUCAUUCCUUUCUUACAAAUGUGUCGCCCAAUGUUUUGUGUAGAGUUCAUCAAUUUCGAAAAUAUAGGUGUGCUUUACUCCUUUUAUAAUUUUUGUUUGCUACUUUAUGUUGAGUUGUGUUUUGCAUCAUCUCGCGAACAACCGAAUAGUCGCGAAGGACUUCUUUGAAUAAUUCGUGUGCGACUGGUGGGAAGAGUGGCUUCUUUGGUGUUUUGUAGGUUGAAAGUGCGUACAAGAUUAUGUACCAGCAUGGCACUUCGCAAUAAAGCAUAGGGUAAUAUACA